GGUCUGAGAUGAACGUCCUCCUCACAUUGUGUUGAGCUUCUCACAGCGGUCCAAGGCUCGUGCCAGCGGUCAGAUCAGCAGCAGACAUGGCCUUCAGUGGAACGUGGCAGGUUUACGUGCAGGAGAACUACGAGGAGUUCCUGAGAGCCGUCUCUCUGCCAGAAGAUGUCAUUAAAAUGGCCAAAGAUGUUAAACCAGUGAUAGAAAUGCAACAAAACGGCAACGACUUCACCAUCACAUCCAAAACUCCUGGGAAAUCCCUCACAAACUCCUUCACCAUCGGCAAGGAAGCUGAAAUCACCACCAUGGACGGCAAGAAGCUCAAGGUAAAACAUGGCUUUAUAUCUCUUCAUGAUGUCGACCUGUUCAAGAAGAGUUGAUAUAGAGUACAGAAG